AUGGCCGCUACGACGACCCCCACAACUACAACCACGACGACUACAACGACGACCACGACAACCCCGCCGCCGCCACCGACGACGACGACCCCCACCACCACCACCACCACCACCACCACGACUACGACGACAACCGAAGCAGUGACAACGACCUCGGUGGCCGCUAGCACCUCUGCAGGAACUAGCACGUCGCAAGGUCCCUCGACCACGCAGGCAGGCGGCUAUGCAAAUCUCGAAGUCGGCGAGAUCCUCAUAGCAGGCGACAGUCAGGGAUGGCAGAGCUUCUCUUUCCAGAGGUCCUUUGCCGAGUCGCCUGUCGUUGUGGUACUGCCAGUGGUGACCGACGGAGAGACAACCCCAAGAAGUGUGCGGAUUAGAUCCGUGUCCACGUCAAGUUUUGAGGCUCUCGUUGUGAUACCGCCUGGUGCGACCGGCACUCGACCGGACAUGACGGUGUCCUACAUGGCUGCACUGCCAGGAGCGCAUGUGCUGCCGGAUGGCCGAAAAGUUGAGGCCGGGCGCAAGGAGACAUUGGCCAGACAAGUGGGCAAAGCGUGCAAGGCUUCGGGUGUUUCUGCCAGCUGGGACCAGAUCAGCUUCACCACGCAGUUUUCUUCUACACCGGCAGUCGUAGCGAAUCUGCAGACCGCAAACAACGAGCAAGGUGCUGUGCCACAAUUCUUUUCGAAGCCCUGGUUUACACUGGCUUGUAAGGACGUGUCCGCGACUCGAGUGUCCAUCGCCCUGGACUCGGCAGAGACGUCGAAAGUUGGAGACGUUACGCAGACCGAAGCAGUCGGCUACAUCGCCAUGGAAACCGGACAAGGCACUUUUGCUCCGGAGAUGGGGGGCACCCCGGUUUUUUACAGCGCAGUGUUGACCGGAAAGGUCGUGAAGGGUCUUGACGAUGGAGCUGUGGAGGUGGCGCUUGGAACCGACAUGAUGACCGAGUCACCGCUUGUGGUUGGAAGCCAAUCGUCGCGGAACGGUGAAAAUGGGGGAUGGCUCAGAAUGUCUUCCUCGUCCUCCUCCUCCGUGCAGUUGGUCAUAGACGAGGAUAUCUAUUGUGACAGUGAGCGCAAACACAUUGAGGAAACUGCGAGCAUCCUCGCCUGGUCUAUGGCUUUCUCAAUGGGCUCGUCGGCUCCCACAACCACCACGACAACCGCCACAACAACCACCACAACCACCACAACCACCACAACCACCACAACCACCACAACCACCACAACCACCACAACCACCACAACGACCACAACGACCACAACGACAACAACGACCACAACGACCACAACGACCACAACGACCACGACAACCACGACAACAACGACAUCCAGCACUACCACUACAACAACGACUCCGCCAGGCACUACAACGACAGGAACCUUGGCUGGUGCACCAAGCUUGGAAGUGGGCGAGGUGACGGUGCGAAGCGGGGCAUGGACCAGCUUUUCAUUCAGUGCAGCCUUUGCCGAAAAGCCAGUUGUCGUGAUUGCAGUCUCUGGAGAAGGUGAUGGACCUGCAGCUAUCCGCCUGCAGGGCAUCAGUAGCACUGGCUUCGAAGCCAUCGUUGCUACGCCACCGGAGACAGGCAGUGUGGUCAGUCAGAUGACUGUCACCUUCGUGGCCAUGCCUCCAGGCAUCGCUCAGCUCCCAGGCAGUGGCCUGUGGCUGGAAGCCGGCCGCGAUGCGACCUCGAAGCUCGCAGCCAGCAAGAAGUGCCGGCCUCCAGGAGGACUUCAAACGUCGUGGCAGAAGGUGACCUUCCAGCAUGCGUUCCCAGAGAAGCCGGCGUUUCUGGCCACGAUCCAGACGACGAACAACGAAGCAAAGCUGCCGGCCUCGGACUCCCAGCCCUGGUUCACAGUGGGAGUGAACAGCGUGAAUCCUACGGAUGCGUGGGUCGCCUUGGAGAUGGCGGAGACGUCAGAGCACGGAGGCUCGAGCAUCCAGGACGAGGAGGUUGGAUGGAUCGCCGUUCAGCAAGGUGCGCACUCCUUCCAGGCUGCUGCAGGUCAAGUGAUUCAAUGCGCAUCUGUCUAUUCUACACGAAGUGUGCCUGGUUGGCAAAACGGCGGGGCCACGGUUCCACUUGGUACAGACAUCGGAAGCAACAGUCCCCUGGUGGUCGCAAGCCAGUCAAAAAGGUGGGGAGGUGACGGGGGCUGGGUACGAGUUCUGGGAGCUACCAGCUCCUCUGUUGAUGUUGCCAUCGACGAAGACAGGAACUGCGAUACCGAACGAAAGCACACCAAUGAGGAAGUAAGCGUCGUUGCCUUCUCCGACCGGUGCAUCAUCUGA